AUGUCUGGGCACUCGCUCUCCAUCACCGAUAGAAGUUCACGUAUUUUAUUCAAAGCAGAGUCGGAGCUGCGGGAGGUGCUGCUGUAUGUGGUGCAGGCGCUGAGCAGGGAUAGCCCACGCCACCUCAAACGGUGGUGGCCGCAGCUGAAGGAGGCGCUCCACGACGCCGGUGUCACCGACGCCCGCGAUGUGACGGACUGCGUCGCGCGCUGCCCUGACGCUGGGAUAUUGGGCGAGCUCGCCGGGGGCAAGAAUUGGGUCGUCGAGGAUGGUCGCCAUGUGGCCGCUGUAGCAGCCAUGCUCCACCACUCUUUGCCAUCUAUGGUGAAGGUGAACAUGGAGGCCGCGGCCCUGAGGAAGGUGCCGUGGGGGGCACUCGUGGCGGCGGCAGAGGGCGUAGAGGUCGACCUAUGGCUGUACCGCCCUGACGACUGUGAGCUCCACGACGACCUCCUCCUGCCGCUGCGCGACAGCGGGGUGAGGCUGCGGAAAUUCAGCGGCUCAGUGGGCACCUCUGCUGGGGUCACUGCCCUCGCUUCUGUGUGUCAGGGCGCUGACCUUACUUUCCACAUGUUGGCGCCCCUGGACUUCAGCGCCCUCGGGGGGACAUACAAGAAUCUCUCGGUGUACACGCGUCCACUCCCACCCCCUGCCUCAGUCUCCCCCACGUUGCCGCUGCCCCCUUCCCCCCCGCCAUGGCUGCACGUGCAGGGGGCGGAUGAGGGGUCCUGGGAGGCCGUGGCCCACACUAUCACCUCCCUCGCCCCCCCUGGCAAGAGAUUCAGGGGGCUGACGCUGCAGUUCUGCAGGCUGCGUGCUGCUGAGCUGCCACUGCUGCUGCAAUACCUUCAUGCGGCGGGCGUCAGGACGGUCGACGGCACUUGGACGGUCGACGCGAUCGACACGUGCGCCUGGGCUUGGUGGUAUGUUGACAGCGGCCAUUGA